AUGUCAGGAGAAACUGGUUUCAGCGCACUGGUAACCGGCGGUGCAUCAGGCAUAGGAGCCGCUGUUAGCAGGAAACUCGCCUCCCGCGGCAUUAAUGUCUUGAUAGCUGAUGUGCAAGAUGAGCUGGGAGAGAAGCUGGCUCAAGAAAUCAAGUCCGCCUUCAAGGUAGAGGCUGUUUACCUCCACACAGAUGUUUCAAAGGAGGCAGACAUUCAGAACAUGAUUGCGACUGUGGUGGAGAAGUUCGGCCGCCUGGACUAUGCCGCCAAUGUGGCCGGCAUCUGUGAGAACACACAGUUUGAAGAGCACAGCAUUACUGCAGAGAUGGUCGACAGGACGUACUCCAUCAAUCAACGGGGUGUAUGGCUCUGCCAGAAGCUAGAGGCUGAGCAAAUGAUGACCCAGGAGCGUCGCGCUGUUGAGUUCUCGCCACCUUCGCCACAAAGCAUUCAACCCCAGCGCGGUGCAAUCGUCAACGUGGCCUCAACGACGGCAGUCGUAGGUAUGGGGUUUGGCGCCUAUGCUCAGACCAAGGCCGCGGUGGUCACUAUCACGCAGAACGGCGCCUUCUUCUAUGGGCCUCAGGGAGUUCGUUGCAACUCCAUCUCUCCAGGAGGCACCGUCACUCCGAUGAUGUUGAGGAACGUACCCGAGCAGUUUAGGGGGACCGAUACUCACGAACAGCCGGGUAACGUGCUUGUGCAGCCGAUUGCAUUGAAAACCAUGGCAAGGCCCGAGGAGCAGGCGAAUGUGAUCAGCUUCCUUUUGAGUGCGGAAAGCAGCCAGGUCACCGGCGUCAAUAUCUUGGUUGACGGCGGCUUCACGUUCACACGCUCCGGAUGA